GUGAUAUAGGAUCGUAGUCAGGUCUACGGAACUAGAUACUGUAAUUACGCGUAAGGCAGGUUUUAGUCACUGAGCGUGGUAAUAUCUGAGUAUUAUAUCUAUACAUCUGUACGGUAAUUAAAGUCUACCGUCGAGAAAGUAAAGGGAAAAAACCUAGCGAGGACUGUAUUAUCCGCCCGAGACGUUCAGCUUGGCGGAGGGAUUCAACCGACCCUGAAGCAGACACCGAAAAGGGCAGAGGCGCCGUCUGAUUUCGCACCUACUGCUUCUUUCCUUUAGAUAUCUUCUUUUUACAGUCUGUGCUCGGCUUUUCUCUCAGGUCUGUGCCCUUAUUUAGAUGGCAAGCUUCCCAGACUCUGUAAACGAAAAUGAUAUAGGUAAGGCUAAGUGCAUUGGUGAACUCCUGGUGCCUGUUGCUCCCUUCGACCAGAAGUCUGGGCGUGAGGCUUGGACAGUUGCCUUUGCACCCAAUGGUUCCUACUUCGCCUGGUCUCAGGGGCAUCGCUUCGUCAGGCUUAUUCCGUGGACAAAAUGCCUGAAGAACUUUUCAACGGGCCAUGGUGGAGAGGGCACCAAUGCAUCAAGCCCCCGGCACUUGUCCCGUCAGAACAGCGAUGGGAACAGUAUAAUCCCGGUGGCUGGCGAGCCUCGCGAACACAUCAUAGACUGCGGUGACAUCGUCUGGGGCGUAGCCUUUGGGUCCUCAGUGCCAGAAAAGCAGAGCCGCUGUGUUAAUAUCGAGUGGCACCGCUUCAGGUUUGGCCAGGACCAGCUGCUACUGGCAACAGGCCUGAACAAUGGUCGCAUCAAGAUCUGGGAUGUUUACACUGGAAAACUGUUAUUGAAUCUGAUGGACCAUACUGAUGUAGUGCGAGACUUGACUUUUGCUCCUGAUGGCAGCCUCAUGCUGGUGUCUGCAUCAAGAGAUAAAACACUUCGUGUGUGGGACCUUAAAGAUGAUGGUAACAUGGUGAAAGUUUUGCGGGGGCAUCAGAACUGGGUGUACUGCAGCGCCUUCUCCCCUGACUCCUCCAUCCUAUGCUCAGUCGGCGCAGGCAAAGCAGUGUUCUUAUGGAACAUGGAUAAGUACACUUUGAUCCAGAAGCUGGAGGGACACCACCAUGAUGUGGUGUCUUGUGAGUUUUCACCAGAUGGGGCACUGUUGGCCACCGCCUCUUAUGACACCCGGGUCAUCGUAUGGGACCACCACAAGGCCACCGUUCUGCUGGAACUGGGCCAUCUCUUCCCUCCUCCUUCACCCAUUUUUGCUGGAGGGGCAAAUGACCGCUGGGUUCGCUCUGUGAGCUUCUGCCCUGAUGGCCGCCACAUUGCCAGCGUUACUGAUGACAGGCUGGUUCGUUUUUGGAGCAUCGAGGAAAGGGCUCCACAGGCAAUUGCCUCUGUCUCUAAUGGCCUCUGCUGUGCCUUCUCUGCUGAAGGAAGUGUCCUUGCUGCUGGGACUCGUGAUGGUAGUGUGCACUUCUGGGAGUGUCCUCGUAGCGUUGCCAGUCUGCAGCACAUGUGUAGGAUGGCUCUCCGCCGGGUGAUGACCACCCAGCAGGUUGAGGCUCUGGCCAUUCCCACACCGCUCCGCGACUACCUGACUUACAAAGUCAUCUAAUUCUGACCCCAGCCAAUCCAACUGCACUUGUCUCAACAGCGACAUGCUCAAAAACCAACGAAUCUCUUAUUUUCUUAAAAGAAAUCGUUUUUCAUAGAACUUUGAUGAACAAACAAGAUUGAUCGGGACAGCAGGAAAAGUUUGAAGUUUUACAGAAACCCCAGAGCCAUGUUCUUCUCUCCACCCUCCACCACCGUUAUUUUGUGCAUAUUUAUUUUUUUAAGUGCUUUUGUAAAUGAGUGUGCUGGGACCAGCGCAUCCUUCAUACCUGUAAGGUCAAAUUGUUUCUAAGCCCUCCUGUCUCCUCCGACAUAUUACUACGGUACCUUUCCUUUAUUUGUUGAGCUACUCUUCCGGCUGGCUCCAGCUCUCCACUAGCUUCAGUGGACUCUUCAUCUUUUCCUCUGAUGUGAAAUUGCUGUUGCACUUAAUGGAGAGCCUUUGCAGUGGUGCUUGCUCUUAAUGUCAGGUUUUCUUUUCUAUUUGCUGGGGGGAGGUAAAGGGAAGAGACAUGGGGUGUUUGAAUGAUGCAGGGUUUUUAAGGCCAAAAGUCAGAUCUAUGAACUACUGAGACUUGGAAGUACCUUGAAAUCACAAUAUUUUCAUGGCAAAAAAAUCAACAGCUACGUUUCUUUGACAGAUUUGGAAUAUUUUUAUGAAACAGUAUUCAUGCCUUCACGGCACCUUAACUCACUGAAACCUAAUCUUCUUUAAUGUGGUUGGCAGCCGUUAUUUAUUUCUAAUACAGAGACAUAAUUUGCUAGGUGCAUUAGCCGUCAUACAGUCCAGUGCAGUAUGCAACCAUCUGGGUACUGUAUCGAUUAUACAUAGCAAAAGAAGCUCGAUACUUCACUUUCCACUGUGCUAGCAUGCUAACUAGCAUGCAUCAUUGGAGCCUGGCUGAUGGUGUAUAUGUCAACAGGUAAAUUAGUAAAGCAGCACCUAUUAUUUGUAUCCAAACUAAGUGGCUAACAUCAGUGUUUCAGUGACCAGCAAAUAUCAGCCCCAUUUUGGGAAAACCAACAAUUGCUUGAAUCCUGACAUUGUGAGGACUUAGUCCUACCAAAAAUGUCUCAGACUGGCAACAAACAGUAGUGUGUGCGUGUGUGCGUGUGUGUCCUUGAGACCAGUGUUGUUUGAUAAAUUUACAAAGCAAGCACCUCUGACACUUAACUACUAUCUACAUUUGGACUUGGUAGGCAAAAUUCCAUGUGAUAUGUAUGUAUAUACAAAAUUGUAUCAUUUCCAUAAACAUCCAAAACAUUUUACGCUUUUUACCACUUUAUUUUGUCAUGUAUAUCUUUUUCCUCUGUUGAAUAUUUGUACUUUUGUAUUUUGUUCCUUCUUUGUUUUCCUUUAAAUGUGAAAAUGUCAAAAAAAAAACAAACAAACAAAAAACAACUAUACAUGUCUUACUGCUAAAGCCCAGAAUGAAAGGUAUACUACAUUACUGUAUAAUGCAGAUUUAGACUGUGGCAGUGCUGCUGCACCCUGUCUGUAUGUAGAAAUUACAAUAAGCAAUUCCUGCAACCCUGAAAGACAUCUAAACAAACCAACCAAUCAGCUGCCAGCCUUGGCCAGCCUCUCUCAUGUUGACUGAACUCUUGGUAGAAAUGUAUGCACAAGAAUUCCCAGUAACUCUAAGAUGCAGCAUUUUUAGAAUCUGUUUGAUUGUCAUUUUUAGUUUCUCACUGAGAAGAAAAGUGAAGAAGGGAAAGUACACUCUAAGUGGCCUAAUUCCUCUUUUGGUUUCUGUAUGAAGGUGGGUAGAGAGCAGCUCGCAGUCAUUCUUGGCAAUAAGUUCCCUAACAGUGCUAAUGCCAAAGGUUUUUCCUUUUCAGAUAGCCCAUGUAAAUGGUUGGCUUCUCAUAGUUUCUAUUGCUCUAUAGAGGGAGUUGCGUGGAUGGAUUUCACUGCUUAGUUCACUAUACAGAACCUUAACUGGGGUUUGCAUCACAUGUUUGUAUACCUGUUACCAUUGUGAUUGGAAAAACACAGGCCUGCCUCAAUGAGAUGCAGUAUGAAGCGUUAAAUAUAUCAAAUAUCUAUGAAUGUAUUAAGUUCUGCAAUCUGUUCUUGUGUGCAAGUUUCAAUAAAGGUUUUUUUUUAAAACAAUAA